AUGCGAGCACCGGAAAGCACAGAUCGAAGUCAAGAAAGGACACCGUUACUUGCAGAAACGGAAACACAUUCCCAAGGUUCAAAAAGAAGCCAGAUUGAAGUCAGUUAUGAGCAAAGCAACAGUUCAAGUUCAAGUUCGGAUGAAGAUAAUGAUGAUGGAUUUCAUGAAUCCGUAUGGAAAGUUAUCCCAUCCUUAUGGUGUGGUGCAUUUCUUUCGGCAUUAGACUCGACCAUUAUUGCCUCAACUUAUGCCACAAUAGGUUCCGAGUUCAAUGCAUCGGAUCAAGCUUCAUGGGUCGCAACCUCCUACUUACUUUCAUCCACGGCACUUCAACCGUUGUAUGGUGGUCUUAGUGAUACAUUUGGCCGGAAGACUGCUCUCACUUUUGCCAAUGCGUUCUUCUUAAUUGGAUCUUUUGGAUGCAGCAUCUCUUCCACAUUUUCCCAGUUAAUCGUUUCCAGAAUUGUGGCCGGAAUAGGUGGUGCGGGACUUGGAACACUCAGCUCCAUUGUCGUCAGUGAUCUUGUUCCGUUGAGCAAAAGAUCUACAUAUAAUGGCUUUGCAAACCUUGUUUAUGGUGUGGGACAAGUCGUCGGUGCACCUUUAGGUGGUUACUUUGCAGAUACCAUUGGAUGGAGAUGGUCUUUUCUUGUCCAGUGUCCGAUUACUCUUGUCUCCAUGCUCGUGAUUAUGUUUUGGGUUUCACUUCCUAAACCACACAAGAAGGGUCAUAUAUCUGAUCUUGAUUUUGUUGGCUCCACUUCUUUGAUUGCCGCUGUUACAAUUUUGAUGCUUGUUCUUCAAUCGGCAGGAACCGAAUACGCAUGGGGCUCUCCUCGUGUUUAUCUUCCAUUAAUUGGAUCCUUUGGCUUAUUUGUGUUGUUUUUCCGUACAGAAGCUACCGUGGAGAAUCCUAUUGUUCUCUUGGAAGUUAUCACUUCAAGAAACCCUCUCAUGUGUGGCCUAACAAACUUGUUUGGUUACAUGGCCGCCAUGUCCAUUACUUUCAAUGUUCCCCUCUUUUUGCAAGUUGUCAGGUGCGAGACUGCCAAGAAAGCAGGUUCCAGAUUAAUUGCCCAUAUUAUUGGUAUGUGCACCGGUUCGAUGACGGCUGGUUUCGUCAUUCAGGCAACCCAGAAGUAUUACUGGGUUGCAAUUUCUGGUGUCUUGUUUGAGUUGUUAGGUUGCUCUUUAAUUGCUAGCUUUGGCACCCAAACGGAGUCAUGGCAAUAUCUUGCAUAUCUUUUCCCUGCUGGUUUGGGUCAUGGUCUGAUUUUAAGCGCUACCUUGAUUGCUCUUAUUUCUGCAGUCAAGAGAUCACAACAGGCUAAAGCUACAUCAGUCAGCUAUUUGUUCAGAAGUUUUGGUAGUACUUUUGGUGUUUCGUUGACUGCAAGUAUCAACACUCACUACUUACAGAAGAAACUUCCUGCAGCAUUGUCUAAUUUUCCUGAUGGAACGCAGAUUGCUCACAAAAUUGUCACAUCUGUCAAAUAUAUCGACAAGCUUCCUUUAGAAAUUGCUUCAAUUGCUAGGAUGAUCUAUAAUAACGUCCUCCACAUAAGUUUUUAUGUUACAGUGCUACUUGAGAUAAUUUCUUUGGGUUUCUGCUUAUUUAUCAAGGAAUAUCCUAUGAACAGGGAAAGAUGA